AUGAACUCAGAAACUAACUUUCAGAACGAUACAAUGCAACUAAACUCACUCACGGCCAAGAUCAACUUCCCCCUUUCUCAUAAGGAGGCCAUGAGCUUGUCUAAUCUUAAUAUAGUCUUGAAGAGUCUUAUAGUAAAUAUUGCCAAGCUAGAUAAAUCGGCUUGUGCGCCACUCAUAUCUGCUAUUAUACGCUACCCAUGGUUGGAUGUCCGUGUUCCGGAAUCUACCCAGGGAAAACUUGCAUUCCACUCGUUUGUGGACCUUUACUCCCAGUUCCUCACGGUGCUCAGUUCCUCCAUCCCCAAAUACCUGUCGGAGGUGAUUCAAAAGCUUAUAAACGAGUUCCCAGACUUGAGCUCAGACACAUACCCCCACCACAAGGUGCUCAAGCGCCUCAUUGCCUAUUCCCCCACUUGCAUUAAUAUCAUCCCUCAUGCCUUGAACGCCACUUCACCCCACCAUGUUUCAUCCUCCACAGCAGAUAUAACAAACUUUGUUAAGCAUUCGGUUACCAUGAUUACUUACUGCCCAGACUUGCAGUACUCCAUAUGGCAGCUGGUGAUUGAACUUUGCAUCAAGUUGGAUGUCGACUUGCAAAACGAACUCGAUGACCUAGACGAUGACAGUAUCGAGGAGCUCAUUAAUGGUGAAGAUAGCGACAAUGAUAACGUCGUUGAUAUGGAUGAUGAGGAGGACGAAGACAACGUUGCAGAAGUAUACGAUGUCACAUCUACCAUGAACAUCAGACAAAUGGUUUCAAAGCUUGAUAAGGUUAUGGAGUUCCUCCUCUCCACCACGGAGCCUUCCUUCACUGCUGAGGAAAUCAAUAACGGUACUGGUGUUCACUUGUUCAAUACCCUUGCAUCGCUUUUCAAGACUCAUGUCUUGCCUACGCAUUUUACCAAACUGAUCCAGUUUCUUAUGUUCCACAUCUCCCAAUACCAACCGGAACUUGCUGACUCAUUCUUAGUCAUGCUUAUAGACGUUGCAUUUAACCAAAAAGAAACGGCCGAAAAGCGUUUGAAGGCACUUCAAUACCUUUCUUCAUACAUCGCCAGAGCCAAGAACCUCACGAAACAUCAGGUCGUGUUCAUUGUGAGCUAUCUUGUCGGCUGGAUCAACAAGUACAUCACUGAAAGGGAACAUGAAGUUUUUGAAUUCUCUGAAUCAUCCUCCGGUGGUAUGGAGAGAUUCAAGCUUUUCUAUGCAACAUUUCAGACACUCCUUUACAUUUUCUGCUUCAGACAUAAACAAUUGGUCAAGGACGAGGCCGAAAGUGGAAGCGGAGAAUGGGAAUGUGACAUUGAUAAGUUCUUUCAGCGUGUGAUCAUUGCCAAGUUCAAUCCUUUGAAGUACUGUGAUGAAACCGUUGUGUUCAUCUUCGCCAAGCUUGCCACUAAGUUGAAUGUAUGCUACUGUUACUCCAUCAUUGAACACAAUAAGAGAGAACGGAUGAUUCAAGGUAAUUCCAAGAUGCCUUCCACCGUCGGAAACUUUAGACACAAGCAAGAGUUUUUGGACUUGGAGGCAUACUUCCCCUUUGACCCGGUGGUCUUGCCUGGUUCUAAGAAAAUAAUAGACAAGAACUACGUCGAGUGGUCUCAGGUUAAUCCUGUUAUAGAGGAUGAUGAGGAGGAUGACAGUGGGAGCCAUCCCGAAGAAGAUGACGAUGAAGACGAUAGUGAUUCUGAUGAAGAUACUGAUGAAGAAGACAAAGAUGAUGAGGAAGAAGCCGGUAGUGCUGAGGAAGACAGUGAUAGGGAAACAUAA